ACUACGCGUGCGCAGUGGGUUGAAGCGACGCUGGCGCGAAGCUUCUGUUAUUCGCCGAGCAUGAAGCCAGAGCAGCUAGCAUUCCGGUAAACGUAGUCGGUUUCUGACGGCAGUUUGAGGCGCGCGGAAGCCCAGAGAGCUUCGGCUGGAACCCGCUUCCCGGGGCCCAAAAUGCCGUCACUUACCCUGCAUGGAGUCACGGUGGACUUCCCCUUUCCUCCCUAUGACUGCCAGAAGGACUACAUGGCCAAGGUGCUCCAGUGUCUGCAGCAGAAAGUGAAUGGAGUUCUGGAGAGCCCCACAGGAACGGGGAAGACCCUCUGUCUGCUGUGUGCCACCCUGGCCUGGAGGGAGCACUUCAGGGACACCAUCUCUGCCUGCAAGAUAGCAGAAAGGCUGAAGGGGGAGAAUAUGUUUCCAAAUACGACCCUGGCGUCCUGGGGAACGGCUGCAACCGAUGGAGACAAACAAGCUUACUACCUUGAUGUUCCCAAGAUAAUAUAUGCAUCCAGGACACACUCUCAGCUGGCACAGGUCAUCGGAGAGCUGAGGAACACUUCGUACAGGCCAAAGGUGUGUGUGCUGGGGUCCAGAGAGCAGCUGUGCAUCAACCCGGAGGUCAUGCGUCAGGAGAGCAACCAUGUUAAGGUUCACAUGUGCAGAGGGAAGGUCUCCACCAGGUCCUGUCUCUACUACAACAACGUUGACGAGAGGAGCACUGACAAAGACUUGGUGAAUUCGAUCCUUGACGUGGAGGAUUUGGUCAAAUUUGGUAACAAACAAAAGGUCUGCCCCUAUUACCUCAGUCGUUCCCUCAAGCAGCAGGCAGAUAUAAUCUUUAUGCCGUACAACUACCUGCUGGACCCAAAGAGCCGCAGAGCGCACAACAUCGAGCUGAGCGGCGCCGUGGUCAUCUUCGACGAAGCUCACAAUCUGGAGAAAAUGUGUGAGGAGUCGUCAUCAUUUGACCUGACGCCGUACGACGUGGCGGCGGCGAUCACAGCUGUAGACCGGCUGCUGGUGGAGCAGGCCAAAGAGACCGGCGGUGGAGAAUUCACUGCUGAAGAUGUGAACGUGGAAACCCUCAGCUCAGGAUUAAAACUAGAUAUAACCAAACUGGCCAAAGUCAAACAGAUUCUGUUGGAUCUGGAGGCUGCCAUCGAUGCCUACGACGUUCCCGCGGACAGAGGCGUCACAAAACCUGGAAUCUUCAUCUAUGAGCUGCUGGAGAGGGCCCACCUCAGCUACAGCACCAAGACCGCAGUUCUGGAGGCUCUGGAUCAGAUCGUCGGGUAUCUGGCAGGACAGCCGGGAAUAUUCCUCAACACCAGCGGACUGCAGAAACUGUCUGACAUCAUUCAGCUGGUGUUCAGCGGCGAGGCGGAUGGGAAGGAGCAGCAGCAGCAGCAGAUGCAGUCCAACUCCGCUCACUUCAAGGUCCACAUCCACCGGGAUUCCAGCAGUAACAAGAGGAAGCAGAGCACCAAUCCGUGGACUUCAUCUUCAUCCAAGAAACAGGGGAACAUUCUGAGUUACUGGUGCUUCUCUCCGGGCUUCAGCAUGCAGGACCUGGAACGUCAGGGAGUCCGCUGCAUCAUUCUGACCAGCGGGACCCUCUCCCCUCUUUCUUCAUUCACCUCUGAGAUGAGGAUAGAGUUCCCCGUUUCUCUGGAGAACAGUCAUGUGAUCGAGCGAGACCAGAUCUUUGUCAGCGUGGUGGAUAGAGGCCCUGAUGGCGUCCCGCUGAGUUCAGCGUUUGACAGGAGGUUCGUCCCAGAAAACAUGUCGUCUUUAGGAAACACCGUCGCCAACUUCAGCAGAGUUGUUCCUCAUGGGCUCUUGGUGUUUUUCCCUUCUUUUCCCUUAAUGGAAAAAACUCUGGACUUCUGGAAAGCUAACGGACAUGCUGAUCGCAUUGAAAACGUCAAGCCCAUGUUUGUAGAGCCUAAGGGGUCAGGCUCCUUUUCCGAGAUCAUUGAUGGAUAUUACAACAAGGUCAGUGAUCCUGCAUCCAAAGGAGGAAGCUUCUUUGCUGUGUGUCGUGGGAAGGCGAGCGAGGGUUUGGAUUUUGCCGACACCUUUAGUCGUGGCGUCAUCAUCACGGGCCUUCCUUUCCCUCCCAGAAUGGACCCUCGUGUCAUUUUAAAGAUGCAGUUUUUAGAGGAGAUGAGCAAAAACAAAGCUCCAGGAGUGAGGUACUUGUUGGGGCAAGAGUGGUACCGGCAGCAGGCCUUCCGGGCCGUGAACCAGGCCAUCGGCAGAGUCAUUCGCCACAAAGAGGACUAUGGGGCCAUCUUCCUGUGUGAUCAGAGGUUCAAGAGCUCGGAUGCCCGGGCGCUGCUCCCCUCGUGGGUCAAGCCUCACGUGCGCGUCUACGACGGCUUUGGGAAUGUGGUUCGGGAUGUGUCGCAGUUCUUUAGGGUGGCGCAGAAGCUGAGGCCUGUGGUCCUGAAGACGGCCGCAGCAGAAAGCGGCACCGCGGCUCAGGCACCAGGAACAGAUCUCACUAAAGCGGCUUCCUGCUCGUCUUCACAAGGCUCCUGUGGGCAAAAAGCAAAGGCGCUGGAUGUUCACCUGCCCAGCCUGAAAAGGAGGAAACUCGAUGAACAAAGCAGAGGUGGUGGGGUGGCCAACAUCUGCCUCAACUAUGAGUGUGAGGUACGGGAGACUCAGAGGAGGCCGGCCAGCCUGCUGGACGCUCUGCAGCGCGAGGACAGUUUCUGUGGAGACAGCGGUACUCUGGGGCAGCAAAAAACGAGUCGGUUGUCCACGCUGGCUCUUCAGAACGACAAAAGGAUGGAAGACGAACUGCGAGGAGGAAAACGGAAAAUAAAGCUGGUGCAGCAUCAGCUCUCUGUGCAGGAGCAGAGUCGCUCUGAGGACGUGUCAGAGGAGGACAAAGCCGCCAGGGCCAAGCUGUUCCUGGCAGACAUGAAGAAAUCCCUCAGCAAGGUGAACUUUGACCGCAUCGUCCAGGCUCUGCAGACCUACAAGAAGACAGACGAGCUGGACGUCCUGCUGACCGGGACGGCCGUCCUCUCUGAAGACGCCAACACUCACAGUUUGCUCCGGGGUUUCUACCAGUUUGUGCGUCCGCACCACAAGCGGAGGUUUGACGAGAGAUGUGAGCAGCUGACGGGACAAGGCUGUGGGUACAAACCAGAGCACUCGCUGUCCAAGGACCAGAAGAAGGCCGUGAUGCUGCAGAGUGAGAGGCCGGCCAGCAGGGGGGGCGCCAGCUCGUCCGCCUACAGUCAGCUGGAUACUCAGCAGCUCAACAGAGGAGGGCAGCACCUCAGUCAGGGGGGCUUGAAGGAACCGCAGGCAGCACAGAACCAGGCCCGCUCCACCUUUGCUGCCGAUGUGAAGAAAGCCCUGGGAGCAGAACGAUGCGCUCGCCUCUCUGACGCCAUCAGCAACUACAAGAAGACGGACAAUUACGAGGACCUGGUGACCACGGUGGUGAGCCUGUUCACGGAGAGAGAUGAUAACUUCCAGCUGCUCACCAGGUUCAGCUUGUUUAUUCAUCCACACCAUAAAAAGAAGUACAAAGAGCUGCUGGAUGCCCUGAUGGGUCAACAGACCACACCCACUUCAGCCUCCCUGUCACCUUCUCUGAAGACCCAAAGCAAGAUCUCCAGUUUUUUCACAGACAGCCAGAGGAAAUGAACAGUUUUAUUUCUUAAACCCUUUUAAGCGCAUGAAACAAAUAAAAUAAACACGGGUACAUUUACUGAAAAAUGUACCUGCAAGUUUUCCAAAAGGUUUGAGCUGGAUCCUUGGGAGCCGCUGGAGAUCAGGUUUCAGGACCAUCAGCUCCUCUGAGAUCCUGACAGAAGAUGUUCAGAAGAAGUUCAGAGUUCAGAUCUGACUUGAUGUAAUAAAUGCUGAAUGAUCUCUUUAGAGUUUUACAAUUUGAUACAUAUAUAUAUUUGAUAUGUUUCCAAGACAGGUGUGUAAUUAUGUUCUGGACAUAGAUUUUAACCGAACUGUACUUUUUAUGCAUUGAAUUGAUGUCAUACAUGUUGGUUUUUGUAUUAAAUUCAUGAAGUCUC